GAGAGCCAGAGUCACGAGCAAGUCGAGGUGAAAGAAGAGCGUAGAGUCGCGGAAGUGGUCUUUUUUGCUUAUGGUAUUGCUGUUUUCUUUGGACUAGAUGAAGGACAAGAACGGGCUAUUGUCGAAGACAUCAGUAAUGCAGGCAUUUUGAAACGAUCAACGAAAGAAAAUGACUAG